CAUUGUACUAUCAGGCGGGCUUGCAGGAUGAUUCUACCUCCCUGCCGCCCCGCAGACUGGGUAUCAGCUACCUUAGGUUGGUACGGAGUCAGAAGUGCAGCUCCUCGUGCUUACUUUUGAAGCACAAGAGCAAAAUGCGCUCGCUUCGUCAUGGUGAGUGUCUGGGAUAGUUGCCGCUUCCGAUCUUUCCGAGCCGGAGUGUCGCGGAUUGAGCACUUUGGGGGGCUUGGCAAUAUCUGUGCAGUUGGCUUCAAAAGAUUCUGGGAGGCAGCACACCUCCCAUCGUGCUCUGGUUCCCUCACUCAAGCAGCGACCCAGGGCCCCGCGACCAUCCGGCGUGAGUUCGUACAAUACCCGGCAUGCACCGUUGCCCAGUCAUUACAUACCCGGCUUUGUUGCCCUUCGCCGUCAGGCUCAGAGCCAAGAGCACGGCUCCUGGGCAACCGAGGUUGGGCGGUUGGGCGGGGGUUUCUCGUCAUGCUGCAACUUGGUGACGGAGAUUGUCGAUGCCAUAAAAAGAACUCAGCGAGGUCCCGGCGGCUCGGCCCCGGUGGAAGACUGGCCGUGAGUGGACAUCCGUCGCCGUUCGGCGAAACGCCGCGCCGGGUCGGAGACCCCGCAAAAAAUGGUCUUGUCCGGUGGCCGCAGAUGCACAAUUGCGUGAGUCUGAGCUUGGCGCCAAACGAGGGAAGCUCGCAAAUUUCCACCACGGCGCUUCCAUUGGCCAAUCUCCGCCCACAAGCAACUGACAUCAGCAGCCGCCAUCUUAACAUUGGACGACAUCGCUUCCGACGGGUUCUAAUUCUGGGUGGAAACAUGUUUCGAAACGCCAGGAAAACAAUACCGGCUGCCCGGCUAGCAGUUCUUUGGUGAUAUCGUUCAGCUGCCAGGGGGCUCGGCCAGUCGUCGCCCAGGCCGCCCACACGUAUCCGGAGGCGGCUAUGGUUCCGACUUUAUUGAGAAAAAGGAAGGGAGGAUGACAUGCAUCAUGUAUGUGCAUACAUACAUGUCAUCGGCGGCGGCUAUCGGAGGCGGCAACUCCCUGCGAUGG